AUGUCAGACGCACGGAAGCGGUACUCGUUGAACUUCCCACCAAUGAUGGCAUCGCAAACUAGAUCUGCUGGGUCUCCGACACUUGUUAGAAGAAGUCUUAGUGGUAACAUUAGAGACACUACAUCUUCGUUCCAGAAAUGGAGGGAACGGCCUUUUACUGCCAUGGGAGUUAGCUCGGCGGUUGGUUCCACUGUUCCUGCAGAUAUAGAUCCUUCUUCUAUAUCAAAUUGUAAGAUACUUUUAAUAGGCGAUUCUAAUGUAGGGAAAACUGCAGCAAUCUUAGGUUAUUGCGAUGAAUUAAUGACUAGAUCGCAAUGGCAACGACAACGACAACGACAGACAUUGAUGAAGCAUUCUAAUUAUAGUCAACCGAAUAUUGAUACGAAUCAAUCACAGGUAAGUCCCAUAUCACCAACCAGUAAAUCGCCGAUAAAUGCUUCAACAAGUAGUACUGGUAGCAAUUCAUUGGGACUAAUUCAAAGGAAACAAAAAUUAUUAUCUAGACAAAAUACUAGUUCUAAUAAGAAACGUUACAGUUUAAAUGAUUUUGAAGAAUUGGCUAAAAGAAGAUCAAUCUUGUUUCAAAGGGACGGUUCGUUGCUAUCGCCGAAACAGCCCUCUAUGGAGACAUUCCUACCCACAGAAGAAUCACGCCCUACUAAAGAAGCGCUAGAUGAAGAUGAUGAUUAUGACGAUUAUGAUAGUAUCGACUCCAAUGGUGACAACGAAUUGAUGAUCGAUACACGAGCCACCAUCGGAGUCGAUAUCAAGACCAGGCUACUAAAUAUCGAUAAUCGUUAUUUCAAUUGUAUUAUGUGGGAUACAGCGGGUCAAGAAAGAUUCCAAAACGCAAUUAUUCCAUCGCUAUACAAGAACUGUAAUGGUGUAUUACUCACAUAUGAUAUCUGCGAUUUUGUAUCUUUCAAACAUUGUUUUACAAGAUGGCUCCCCGAGGCUCUACAGAAUAUGACCUCUAAGGAUCUUAUUGGGGCACGUUUCUAUUUAUUAGGUAACAAGAUCGAUCUCUACAAGGAUCGUCAAGUAAAACAUGACGAUGUGCUUCGUUAUAUCGCCCAUGCGGAAUCUCAACAUCGGAUCACCAUAUUUGGAAACUUUGAAGUAAGCUGUAAAUGGCCUCAAUCCAUAGACUCGACUUUCAAUAAUAUUAUUUUAAACCUCAUAGAGAACAAUUGUUAUGAGGACAACCAACCAACACAGCCACCAGCAUCAUCAUCGCAUUCACUCACACCUCAACAAUUGCAGCCACAACCAUUGAUGAUAAACGUUCAAGAGGAAGUAUCGUCAUCAGAUGAUGAUGCAUCCGUUUACUCGGCUAGCAGUCAUCGUAGUAAUGAUAGCAAUAGAACUUUACGCCAACGCAACCCCAAACAGACAAUAGACUUAACCAACCCAUUACCAGCACAGUUGCCGGAGGUUCCCGCAUCUGGUUGCUGCACAUAG